AUGGAAGCUAAUGACGGACCUUUAGGUAUCUUAAAGCUAGCACUUGAAGCCAACGUCGAGGUCACUUUAAGGGAUUCUGACGUUAUUUAUGGGAAAUUAAAAAGUUUUGACGAACAUCUCAACAUAUUGCUUACAAAUGCACAAGAAAACAGCCAUAAUCAUGAUAUUCUAUUCAUCCGUGGAGAUUUAGUCAAGCUUAUCCGACCUUCUGUAUACAUCGCAUAA